AUGGCUGAGAUCGAGAAAUUACCGCUUCUUCAAAACUUCUAUUUCACUCAGGGUCAAUCUCCAACAUCUACGACCACGGUCUUCACUGCACCACAACCAGAUUCGGACCCCGGCUGGACUACUAAAUAUACUCAUGCGUACCCCUGGCUCGGCCCGGAGUACAGCAACGGUAUCCUCAGCUUCGAGACGCAUUUCCAGGACUAUGAGAUUGAAAACCCUGCUGUCAUCCUACAGGAAGCAUUAGGCGAACUGUGGAAACGAAUUCUCGAUGGCAUCAAAGUCGAAUUGGAAUCGGCAAGGGUAGCUGUAUCGCCCAUGAGGGAGGAGAGAUGUGGAUGUCAAGUUUAG